GAAGGAAAAGCUCGCUGAUAGGAUGCACGCAGAGACCUAAGAGAAGCUCCUCCGGUUUUCAUUGGACUAUGUCGGCCUUGCGCCUCGGGCUCUCGCGGGGCUGCAAAGCGAAGAUGGCGGCCGAACAAGUCGAAGCGAUGAAUAUGGUAAAGAGUUUCCGGGUGUCUGACCUGCAGACACUGCUGGCCUCCAUGGGUCGCAGUAAGAGCGGGCUGAAACAGGACCUGGUGGUGCGGGCACUGAAGCUGGUGCAGUCGGAGUGCAGCCCGGAGCUGCUGAAGAGCGUGCGCCAGCUGUACGAGACACGCUUCCCUAAGACGUCGGGCUGGCUAGCGGCACGCCGUCCGGAGGCUGUGCCCGUCAACUACUCGUCUAUCGGCUCCACGACCAGGAGCCUGCCGCAGACUCAGGGCGCAGACUACCUCAACGGCAGCAUCCCCAAGCAGCCAGCCGCCCCAGCGGCCGAGGUCAAGCUGGUGUCGUUGCCCUUCUACCAGACCCUGGAGACACUGUUGCCCCCCACAGAGCUAAUUGCCCAGAAUAAUGAGAAACUGCAGGACAGUCAAUGCAUAUUUGAACUGACACAAAGUCAAGUGGAUCAGGUCAGAAACUCCAGUGAACAUCGCCCAGGCAUAAAGGCUGUCCAGGUGGUUCUCAGAAUCUGUUAUACAGACUCCAUUGGUGUUCAAGAAGAUCAGUACCCCCCUAAUAUUGCUGUGAGGGUCAACCAGUCCUUCUGUCACGUACCAGGUUACUACCCUUCUAAUAAACCAGGCGUGGAGCCGCGUCGGCCCUGCCGCCCCGUCAACAUCACCCCCUGGUUGCAUCUCUCCACCACCACCAACAGAGUCACCAUCACGUGGGGCAACUUUGGCAAGCGCUAUUCGGUUGCUAUAUAUCUUGUGAGGGUCUUCACGUCAGCAGAACUCUUCAAUCAGCUCAAGCACUGCUCAGUGGAGAGUGCCGAACGUUGUCGCGAGCGCAUCCAAGACAAGUUGCGCUUUGAUCCUGAGAGUGAGAUCGCCACCACAGGGCUGCGAGUGUCCCUUAUUUGUCCACUGGUAAAGAUGCGUUUGGGGGUGCCGUGCCGGGUGCUCACCUGUGCGCACCUGCAGUGUUUCGACGCGGUCUUCUUCCUGCAAAUGAACGAGAAGAAGCCCACCUGGACCUGUCCAGUCUGCGACAAGCCAGCGCCCUUUGAGCUGCUCACCAUUGAUGGGUUGCUCUCCGAGAUCUUAAAGGAAACGGAAGAGGAGGUGGAAGAAAUCGAGUACGAGACCGACGGCUCCUGGAGACCCAUCCGAGACGAGAGGGACAAGGACAGGGAGCGGGAGCGCAGCAACACGCCUGUCUACCCCCUUGUGGACAUUUGUGUCUCGGAGGUGAACGGCCACUCUCCGGCCCACAGCAGCACCAGCCAAUCAGCGAAGUCGGGAUCGGGUGGGGCGUCGGCAGCGUCGGGCGGGGGAGUGGUGGUCGAUCUGACGCUGGACUCCUCUUCCGAAGAGGAAGCCGGCGGCGCGGGGGGAGACAGCUCCGACACAGACGACAGCCAGGACAGCCCCUCGCCCAAGAGAGGCCGAUACAACUACGACAAGGACCUGGUGACGGCUUACUGAGCUGACUGAGACGGACGGACUUGCAAGACUGAGUAAAAGGUGUGGUGGAGGGGGACGGCAAGAGGGGACAAGGCCUGAUGUUUGGGCAAGGAAUUUUAGAAAGUCCCUGAACACCCCCUCCCCCAUCCCCCUCUUCACCCACCCUGUGCGGAGACACAUAUUCAUACACACACACACACACACACACACACACACACACACACACACACACACACACACACAUGCAACGCAGGCACACACCCCAAUGCACACUCCUACAUGCACUGUAAACCUCUGGGAGUGGUUGAGCUUCCUUUCCCUCUUCACCACUGGAAACCACAGGAGCAGCUCCCUGUCCCCCCCCCCCCUCCCCCUUCCACACACACACCUCAAAAACAAACAAACAAACAAGCAAGCAAAUGGUUUGUUCUCCCUUCCUCUGCUGUAUCCUCCCUUUAAAAGACCACGAAUAAGCGUCAUCGACCAUCCUUUGCCCUCCCACACUCAUCCCCUUUCAGUUUGUGGUGGACAUGAUGGUGUUGGUUCUCAGAAAGCUACAGCAAGCAUUAGACACCGGCACUGUCCACCAUCCUCGAGUGGAGAAACGCCACCACCAUCACCACCACCGUCUCUCCAUCUGUGACUCUGUUCAGAGGUCAGCGUGUAAGCAGCGACUCAAGUGUGGACUUGUGCAUCAUCUCCCAAUCUUUUAGGCUUUAUCUUCUCUUUCUUUUGGGUUCUUAAAUUUACCAUUGUCACCAUAUUCCCACCCCACCUAGUUAUUACGAUUCUUUUCAAGCCGUAGUAGCUAAUAACCUACCUCAAUUCAAACCACAAACUUGACCGCAGAUAAUCCUUAGAAAGCUUUGAGAGGUGACCUUUUUUUCCCCUUGAAACAGACAAAAGCUAGAUGGAUGAUGCUCUUUUUCUCUCUUUUUUUAAUUUAUUUUGACCAUCUUGUUUCCCAACUACCUAACAGUCAGCAGAAACCUAAGUGGGCUCUUGUGGGAGCUGUCCAAAUGACCAUUCAUUAAGUUAAGACAACCUUCCACCUGCAGUCCCUCUUGCACAAGAAAGGGAGUCAUGGGUGAGACACAUUUCUUCUAACUGAAGGCCUUUGAUGAUGGUGCCAACCGGGGGAGAGGUUUGGAGUUCAUUAAAGUGUGUUUGUUUUCUUCUAAUGAGGAAGAGUUGUGUAAAAUCUCAGUAGUUUUAGAAUAGAAUGUAUGGGAUUGCAGAGUUCUUCAGUCAAAAUUCUGGAAUAGAUGUUGAGAUGGUAGAAGCAGAGCAAACACUUCCAACAUGGUUCAGUCGUGGAGGGUCUCCAAGGGUGGUGAGUCGUUGAAGUUUAUGAAGUGACGUGUUGUAUGGAAAAGGGCUGGUGAUGACACAGCUUCACUGUCAUUAGGGGGAUGAGAGGUUUAUUUUUUUUGAAAGGGUGGUGACUUCAGGUGCAUUUUGGUUCGAAACAUCAGCCCUCAGACAGAAAGCAAGUGAGGGUCAAAUGGCUGAUAUGAGGUGUGUGUGUGUGUGUGUGUUUUUUUUUUUUUUUUUUUAAAUGUUUAAUUAAAGAAUAGCCCAACCUAUAGUUGUUUUAUCUUCUCGGGUGCAGAGUGGCGUGCCAUGAUGCACAGCAUACAGACUCAUUUUCUUUUAAUUGUUUCUUUGUCUAGUAAAAGUAUUUAUUGACCAUCACGGCUUUUUUGAUUUUUGUUUUGUUUUGGUAAUUCUUUUGAAUGGCAGCAGGUAUUAUUUGCACAUAUGUGGCAUUGGAGAGAUUUUGGUGCCGUUUCUAAAGGCUCACACUGAACACAGUUGAAGGUGGUGCUCAGCCUUGUUCGGGGAUUGAGUGAAUCUGCUGUUACUUUUCCCAGUAUGGUCUCAGUUUAGGCUGCUUGCCAUUUCUGCGAUUAUCUGGCUGGGGCCUUGUUGCUAAAACAUCAGUGUACGGAUUAGGAUGAUCAUAACCUGCUCCGUUCGUUGUACCUGUCACAAGUGAGGUAUGGUAGACAGCUAUUUGAGAACAUCCUGAGUGUUUCCAGGACGUGUAAGAAUUAAAGCUCUGGAUUUUGAUCAUGGCCUGACUCUUUAAGUUCUAAGCAGGUUUUAACUUUGGUUUGACCUACUGAAGCACCCCUCUCAACUUUAUCCAGUCUUUUCAGUUCAACUUCAAGCUCAUCCUAAAUGUGAAUUACAUGUGAGUUGGUGGGCCAACGCCUUUUAGGUUUUGAGGAUUGUGAUUUCCGUGGGUCUCACGGGUGGGAUUUCUAAGGUUUGCAGUGGUAGUAGAUAUGGCCCCAACGCUACAUUUGAACCCAGGCGCUUUGGACUGUAGAGGAGGGACUCAGGGAGGAGUUGUGAAGUGCUUUUAUUUGUCAUUUUUGACUCAUUCUUUGAUUUUAUUUUGGUCACAGAACAGUUCUUCAGUGUAGAACAUGCACUUCAUCAAUUUGCUAGGCAAGACAAAUCUGAACUGGAUUUAUAUAUGUACACAGUAGUGUUUUGGCUAUGGAAACGACCAUCUCUGAUUUACUGAUUUUGUUAUUGUCCUCCUCUUUAAGUACUGCUUUUCUUCAGUAGGCCUUCAGAGAGAAAUACCGCUCUAGUUCCUAUCAUGUUUGCUUUCGCUGCAUUCUAAAGCUGACCUGAGCACAGACUUGAAUAGACACUCAGUACUGUAAAACAACAUUUGUUCGAAGUAAUAACUGAAUCAGCAAAAUGAAUUUAGAAGUAGGGAGGGAUUUUAAGGGCCGUAUCCUUGACAACUUGGUCUUCCAUUUUGGUGGAAUACCCAUUUUGGGACACGUCUGACUGAACACAAACGGUUACAUCAUCUGUUGUAGUUGAUGAUAGGAUUUUUGUCAACAUGGCCCAUAUCCCGAAUGUUGCCAUUUUGUACACAUACAAAAAAAAAACACUUGAGGAAGAUUUAAGUAUAGCUCUUGAUCUUAAAUCGGUCUAUUCAGGAGAAAUCGACCAAUGCGGUUUUGUCAGGAUCCAGUAGUUCCUUGAACAUAUAGCUCACCCUAGGCCAUUGCUGUGAGCCAGGAGACACCUUUGGGAGUAAUGGUGAAAGUCGCCCAUGGUUGAACUGAGACGGAUAGGGCCUGGGGUCGUCGCAGCCAUGGAGACGAAGGAAGAAUUAGAGAGUAAGGUCGUAAUUUGUGGCAUAUCCCUUUUUCUUACAGUGCUUAAGGUAGCAUGGGCAACGGCUUGCGAUUCUUGAUGUAAAUGUUUUUGUUCGUUGUGUCUUUUUAUAUGUUCAUAUUAAAAGCCAAUAAAAAAACGAAUAAAUAAUAUUUUAUCAAGUUUUGAAUUGCCUCCAAUCGUUGAAGAGGUCAAAAAGGAUUACAGUUUAGAAAUGACUCCUCAAAGCCACUUUACAUGUCAGAAACUGUAAGAGCAUGGGACACAGUGCCCAGAGUGGGGUCACGAAAUUGGAGCGAGAGAUUGGGGAGAAGGGAACUGAUUCCAUUGUUUCUUGUUGAAAUGGCUGAGAAAUGUAAUUUUCAGAAAUCGUAUUCUAACACCUGUCAUUUAUGUGUGCAAUUGAUUAAACUGAUUUUAAAAUCUA